CAGGUAUAAAGAGUGACAACUAUGUUAACUCAUGUUCAGACCUGACGCAGCUGCUUUCCCCACUACAGCAACAAGAUGGCGUACUCCACCAGCACUCUGGCACAGGGCUGUUUUGGGAAGGUGUACAAGGAGAAGUACAAUGACACAUGGGCUGCUAUAAAGAAGGUCCCCCAGCACCUCAUCAACAGGAAGGACCUGGAGAGAGAGUGUGAAGUGUAUAACAAAGCAAAUCAUCCCAACAUAGUGAAGCUUCUGGGAAACAUAACGCUCAAAGACGGGAAAUGGAUUAUUCCUCUAGAGUUUAUCUUUGGAGAGGACUUAGAGACCACCAUCUUCAAAGCAGCAAAGUCUAAAAUACAGCUGACUCCAGCUAAUAAAGGAACUAUCAUUAUCGGUAUGUGUGAAGGGCUGCUUCACCUCCACUCCAAAGAUAUUGUCCAUCAAGACCUGAAGCCCGAAAACAUCAUGGUGGAACAUAACACAAACAGAGCGGUAAUCAUUGAUCUGGGACUGGCCAAGUUCUUCCGGCAUGGUCUCAAUUCUGCAGUGGACAUGGGAAAUGAGGCGUACUCGGCCCCUGAGGUGCUGCAGAGGCGCAGCCAGCGAGACCAGUGUUCAGACGUGUGGGCCAUGGGUAAGAUCAUCGCUGAGCUCUGUGCCCGGAUUCGGCUUUACACACCUAGUGUCUGUCCCACUAAGAUCAAGGAGACUCUGCAAGAUCAGCCGUACUGCAAUGCUGUGUGUAGGAUGGUGGAGCCCAACCCUGCUCUGAGGGCCUCCAUGGCAGGGGUCAUUAGUGACAUACGGAGGGCUGGACGCGCAGGCAUCGUCACCAAUACACCCCUUCAAAGAGAACAGCUUAUGCCGCCUUCAACCCAUGUUACUGCCAGAAACCGGUCUCCGUCACCAGUGAACAGAGAUCCAUCACCAAUGAACAGGGCUCCGUCACCUUUCAACAGGGAUCAAUCACCAUUAAACAGGGAUCCAACGCCGUUCAACAGGGCUCCAUCGCCCUUUAACAGAGGUCCAUCACCUCUGCACAUGUCUCCAUCACCACUAAAAUGGGAACGCUCACCCAAACCAGAAUUCAAAGCAUUGCAUCAAGACAAGGACAAAAAGCAGGCUCUGGUCCCGACAGGCAGAGCUGACCUCACUCAGGACUUCAUGAAAAUGAGGCUCUACCAAGAGGCUGCCAAGGAUCUGCCCUGCAACCUGCCCACAACAGGGAGGGUGGUGGUGCGGCGCUUUGAGGAGAAAAACGGAGAGGUGGAAAAAUGGGAGCAGAAAGAGGUGGUGACACGUGAUGGAAAGAUAGUCAAGUUUGACGAUGUCAAGUUUGAUAGCAAAUAAGAAUAAGAGUUUAGGGAUUUGUUGUAGCUCCUAAAAAAGUGAUUGCAUGUGAAUGGUUUGUUCAGGGUCACCCUGCUCCUAUUUUCUUAGGAAAGCAUGUAAAAAGCAUGUCUCCAUGGAUUAAAGAGUAAACUGAGACCAGGCUCAUCGUGGGCACCAGUUUCUGGUACAAGACUUAGACUUAAAACCUAUUACAAACCUAGAAACACAUUAAGGCAAAUUAGAAGCUGCAAUAAGGGGACACCUUAAAAUAGUUGGUUGGUUGUGCCUGAACAUGAUAUUCAGCUAUGGAAUCUGACUCAGCUUGCCAAGAAAGAAAUAUCUCAAGGCAAGAACAACCAUUUGUGAAUGUUUUUCACUACCUGAAUGGAUAAGACUGUGAACAUGGCUCACACAUUAUGUUUAUGUCUAUAAAUAAAAUCAGCAAUGUUUGUUGCAGUUGCAGAGAUAUAGUUGCAUACUUUGUUUUGUGUUUCACGCACGGAGUCCUUAUAUUUGAGACUAACUGUUUCAGCUCUGGGUCCAGAAAUUCCUAGUUCCUGCAGUGAUCAGCUCAGAGACACACAAAGGGCACUGUUUUUUUUUUUUUUUUUGGAUUCUACUGACUCAUUAAAAACCAGAAGAGCUUGUUUCACAGCCCACCACUUUGUCUAUGUUCUUGUUUAACAAUGCUGCAGGAAUGAAUGGCUUCUGCCCCCACCACUAUCAAGCAAUCUGCUGCAUGCCUUAAGACAUCAACACUGCUGACGCCACUGAACUCUGCUCAGUGUGCUCAUGUGUGUCAAGUUCUAAGACUGUUUCAGUUAGGUCUAUUUAGUCUCCUUCAGUCUAUCUAAGCAACAAACUGAGGAGAGGAAGUGGGCUAUGUGGUUUCCUUCAGACUUGAAGAUUAAUGUCUGUGUCUGUGGCUGUAUGCCAGGAAUGACAUUUGACAAAUACAUUUGCGGUGAUUUUUCAAGCACCUCACAAGAUGUUCGGUAAAAAAAAAGUUGCUGAAGAGCAUACAUAUAUCACUGAAGGGACCCUAAUAAGGAAAACAAGGUGGAGUGUAAAACAACAGUUCUUUUGUGUAAACAUGGCAAGUAAAAGAGACAAAUAUACAGGGUGAAUGGUGGUCACAUCGAGACCACACUUCCAUGCUUUAUUUCACUUGUAUAUGUGAUUCUUGCCCAUAAUGUGUCUUAGACUGUGUUGCAUACAUUCCAUCAGAUGAGUAUAGGGUGUAUUCUUGGUCUCUUUUUUGUCAUAAUUGUGUCAUGCUGCAAAACCAACUGGCAAUUAAGGAUAAAUAAGGUGGACUUAGCGGAUGUUUUCAUGUUGGUUCCGCAGACGCACAAGAAAGCAUUAUGAAAGCAUUUAACUGGUGCCUGUGUGGCGCAUUUAGGAAAACUAGUGCCUUGAGAUAAAUGUUAACAUAGACACAAACACAAUGCUAACAUGUAGACACAGCAUUUCAGGAUUCCAGUGUUUGCUGAUUACCACUAAAAACAAAGUAGGCUACAGCUGAUGGUGUUGGGGAUAUCAUUAGUUUUGCAGGUAUGGUGAGUAAGUAUUGGACUAUUCAUACUGAAUGUGUCUAUCAAAUUUAUCAAUAGUUGCCAAGACCUUUCAUUCAAAACCAUGGUAACCUCAUGGUGGUGCAGCACGAAAAGUCAGGGGAUCACCAAAACCAUUAGGAUUCAUCCACCGGAUAUUUGUCAAUUACACAUCAACUUUAUUAUGGCAUUUGAGGGAAAGUCAGGAAAUCACUAAAAUCAUGAGGAUGUAUUGUGUCGGGGCCAUGGAUGUCUGUAUAAAAUUUGGUCAAAAAACUUUUGCCUGCCUUACGUAUUUUUGUCACCUCCUAGAGUUUGGUUUGUGAUAUGAGGAUAUUAAGACCUUGCCCCUGAACUUAAGUUUAAAGCAAAGCAGUUUUUCUUUUGAGAGAUGUAUGAUUUUUACAUUUGUGACUAUAACGUAUAUUUAUAUUCGUAUAUUUGCUUCCCCUAUGCAUUGUUUGACAUUCAUACUGUGAAGCCUU